CUGCUGUCUCUCACGGCCUCCCUCUGCCUGUUAAAGGGGAAUCACUGUCUGUCCCAAGCUCUGCGCAGCGAAGUUAAAGUCAAAGGCAUCUUGGAAGAGUUUUGCAACAGGCAGCUCUGGCUUUGGAAGCUCUGGCUAGACCCGUCUUCUGUUAGCGGCCCGCUCCGGGAGCCGGGAAAACAUUUCCCCACCGCAACAGUAAAGCUGGGCUCCCUCCAGCCCUGCCACACGAUCAGCUGGAGCUGCGGGGCACAUGAUGUACACGAUUACCAGGGGACCUAGCAAGCUAGCCACCCAGAGAAGGACAGGUCCCACGCAGCAGGUGGAGAGCAAGGCGGCGGAUCUGAAAGGCCGGCAGCCGCCGCACAGCGCCUGGCCUCUGGCAAGUAGCCCAACUCCCAAACUCGUGUUCAACAGAGUGAAUGGCAAGAGGCCCCUGGUGACGACACAGCUCACGGCAGCCACGGAGGAGAGCUACACGCUGGCCCACGAGGAGAACGUCCGCUUUGUCUAUGAAACCUGGCAGCAGGUAGAACAGCAGCUGGACGGCAGCCGGCCAGGGGAGAGCGGGCGUGGCCCAGUGCAGUACGCAGAGAAAACUCCUAACCCCGUGUUGACAAAUUUUGUGCCGAUUGACCUGGAGGAGUGGUGGGCGCAGCAGUUUCUAGCCAAAAUUGAAAACGGCUCGUAAAAAAAACCCAACCAAAAAUACAGUGUAAAAAGUACUAAGUUAAAGAAAUACACUUGUUAAAAUAAUCCCAGCCCAAGUGACGCCACUGGAAAUGGACCACGGCUCCACCACACCACCCCCAGCCCUCUGCCCGGACAGGGGAGGAGAGCAGCCCACUGUCCCGGCUGGGAUUCCUUAAGUGCCAGUGUUCAGACACUUGAAACUCCUGCAGACUCUGGGGCCUGGCGACACAGCUGCAGCGUGGGUGGGGGGAGAGAGGAUUGUGCUCCCCCUCAUCAUCUCUCUCCUUUCUGCCCCUUGAGCUUUUCCCCAUGGGAAGACAAUGGUUAUCUGUAGCCAGGACCUUGAUACAAUAAAGAGCUGAAACUGCCAGUGCAUGGAAGCUGGCUCCGCCUGUGGGGCUUUGCUUGCAGGCUCCCUGCUGGCCAAGGAGGGGCAAGAGACAGCAAGGCCCUGUGCAGCUACCCACUGCCACUCCAGCUCUGGCAGGCUGGUGGCCCCAGACAGGGUCCUGUGUGACUCUGCCAGUUCCUCCACGAAGGGUGGGGGGGCAUGCAAAGGAGCCAGUGCGUGAAUGAUGGGGAGGGGCUGCUGGGUCAGAAGAACAUUUGGGUUCCUUUGCAGCUGGGCUGGUCAUGGGCAACAGGGAGUUUACCUGCAGCUGGUGCCCCUGGCUGAGGAGGAGCAGAAGGUGUCUAUGUCUGACUAGGGUAGCGUUUGGCACACACUGUACAGGGAAACGGCUGCCCCAUUGCACACUCCCUGCUGGGCUGGUGCAGCCCCUUCAAAAAGAACUUGGUUCAUCCAGGCCAGCAUGUCACUUGGGGGUCUCCCAGGCUGCAUCCUCACAGAGCCGUCUCCUCCUUCCCUAAGCUAAGCACCCCCAUGACAUGCCUCUCACCUCCCUCCCCACCCCAGACACCACACAGGCAUUGCUCCUCCUUACCCCAAACCUGCACACUCACCCCACCCACUAACUCAGGGUUUAGACUCCUCCUGUAGGUGCCGCUCCUCUUGCUAGCCCCCUGGGCCUUGCCAUAGGCGCCGCUCCUCUUGCUAGCCACCUGGGCUGCCCACCCCCCCAAUCGCUCCACCAGCCAAGCCUGGCACCU